AUGCUCGAUAGGGUGACCUGGCCCAUAAAGCUACUGCUCUUAGUCUGGACAAGGGGACCAUGGCCCGAUGCCUACUGCCCGGCAAACGCAAGCAAGUCCAUUUGGAAUAAGGUGCCACCGCCCGGCCGCAUAACCAGGGUGAUAAUGGAGCGGGGCCCAUCAAGGUCAGUCGAAAAAGAAGAGCCAAGACCAAAAAGCCAGACAGCCAUGCGUGAAGUUACGGCAAGGCGUGCAGACCGCAGCGCAGCGCAGGGCGACAGACUGGACCAGAACACCAUCCGUUGGCUUGCCGUCCCCUACCCCCAAGAAGCAUACCUCGUACAUAUCCCUCCUUUUCUUCUACCCAUGGCCCCAGGCGCAGGAGCAAGCGCGUGCGACGUGCUGAGGCUUCGCUCGCCCGUUGCCGCAACCCUGUCCGUCGAUGCGUUGUUCAUGGUCUACGGAGCCCUGCCCUCGCAGCUCAAACGCACUGAAAAUCAAGGAAAUCUUCAGCAUCUUCAACGAAUCUAG